AUGCUUGUCGUCACUCUCUUUCGUAUUCUGCCCUUGCUGGUCAUCGGCACCCCGCUCGUUACCGCCAAUACCGGAUUGAUCAUGAGAAGAGCCGGCAGGCCCGGUAAUUCCAAUGAAGGUGUCAACGUCCGAGGAUACGACCAAUGCAUCUCUCAUUGCGGACAAGCGUUUGACGAGGGCAACGUCAAUACCCUCGACCGACCCGGCGGGAUGAUGGCCGUACAGACCGAUCUAGCCUCGUCAACCCGAACCCGGAAGACGAGGCCGACCAGCUGUAGACGUAAACCCGGUCGUAGUUCGGCUCGUCCGGCUAGGACUGGGUCCACCAGCAGCGUCGUUUCUAGUCAGACUAGCAGCACCGUGUCCACCCAGGUUCCCGGCACGGAAGCUGCACAGACUUCGCUGGCUACCGAGGUCUUUGCUCCUGUGGAAACUGCUACUACCACCGGGACCGAGAUCGAGGCCGCUUCCUCUACCGGCGAGACCCUUCAGGAAGAGCCUACGUCCGUCAUCCGGACUACCGAAGCUCAGUCUCAGUCUCCCACGGCCGCGGCCACCUCGCUUACUACUCCUGAAGCGACCCAAGCUCCGUCCAGCGGGGUCGGAGGACCGGAUCGUUCCAGACCCGAAGACUGGCUCAAGGCUCAUAACGAUGAGCGAGCCAAGUAUGGCGCUGAGCCGAUUGCGUGGAAUGACGAGAUGGCCUCUGUUGCUCAAGCCUGGGGAGCUCAUUGUUCUUGGGGCCAUUCGCAAGGGAUUUAUGGGGAGAACAUUGCGGCCUCGAUCGCUGCUGAUACCGACCCAGUUCGGACCGCUACCGGCUUAUGGAUCGGUGAAGCUGCGGAUUACGAUUAUGACAACCCGGUCGGAGCCCAUUGGACUCAAAUGGUCUGGAAAGGCCUGGGCGAGAUCGGCUGUGCCGCUGUCGAUUGCCCUGCGAGCACGGCCGAGGACAAGAAGACCAUCUGGACCUUGAUGGUGUGCGAGUACAAGCUCAAGCCUGGAGCCAAUGGUAGCUUUGCCGAGAACGUCGGCCGGCCUGUAGUCUGAUGCGAUGCUAGGUCUACUCUGUACUUCGAUAUGUGCCUGCUGGGCCGCUGGAUCGGUUUCGUAGUAUUUGUAUCAUCAUAC